UUACCAAGCGUACAGUUGUAGUAUUUCCAUUUCAUAACAAUUUGAUGACAAACGGACUAUCAAUACGGACACUCAUCGGCUUCAAGAUGACAACAAAAAUUGUUGACAAAGUUUCUCCAUCAAUCGGUGUAUUUUUUGACGAUAUUCCCAAGGGUAUAUACCCAGUGAGAGAGGGUAUAUCAGAACUAUUGCCAGAACCGGGAUCUGGGUUCAAAGAGGAAUGUGACGACCAGAUUAAUGGAAAUGAAGGGGUUAACAGUUUGUUUGAAGAGGACACAGAAGAACUGUCUUACGACAACUUUACGCAGGCGGCGGCUUUACGCACUCAAGCUGUAUCGUUUACGGGCAGUUUUUCUGUCGAUUCAAGAAGUUCAGGGGUACACUGGAAUCCGGGGGACGUCAUUGACGUUGUCAGUGCGGAUAUUAGGACCACAGCUCCAUCCACUGGGUCUGCGUCCCCGGCCUCGCCAACAGCAGCUAAAAUUUACGCCGACACCACUUUGAGAGGCACCAUGGCGCACGUCCAGCCUGAUAUCAGUCACAUGUACGCGCCUCCACCAUCUUACUCCUGUAGCGGGGAGAUGUACCAGGACCAAUCAGCUUUCAUGGCAACCUCCACCUGCACCAUGGCUUAUCAACCCCCAUCCUAUGCAGCGCCUAAAUCGACAGUUGACGGUGCGUUACUCUCCAUUAUGCCAGACUAUGGUGGAUUCUACCAACAGGGCUGUCAGCGGGACAUCCAGGCUUUCCCUGAAAGGAAAUCACUACCAUACUCACUAGACUCUCUCCGAGUUCCACCCCCCCUUACACCUCUCAACACAAUCAGGAAUUUUACCCUUGCUGGACCAGCAACGGAGGGCCCCAUAGCCUCUGCUUUUGCUCAAAAUCUACCACUGAGACCAAUACUGAGACCGAGGAAGUACCCCAACCGACCGAGCAAGACGCCCGUUCACGAGAGACCAUACCCCUGUCCAGCAGACAGCUGCGACCGGAGGUUCUCCCGGUCGGAUGAACUCAGCAGGCACCUUCGCAUCCACACUGGACACAAACCAUUCCAGUGCCGAAUCUGCAUGCGCAGCUUCAGCCGGAGCGAUCAUCUCACUACUCACAUCCGCACGCACACAGGGGAAAAACCCUUCACGUGCGAUCACUGUGGAAGAAAGUUUGCCAGGAGUGAUGAGAGGAGAAGGCACACUAAAAUCCACCUGAGACAGAAAGACAAAAAGUCGUCAUAAAAUCGACGCGAUAUUGACAGUCAUUCAAUGUCUCUUCAGAAUCAAUUUACGAAAUAGAGGACUGUCAAUGGAAUGUGUUAACACCACAGAUGUGAAAAAACUAUAUUCAUAGGCUCAUUUGCACUGAAGUACAUUCUUUAAGACUUUCCUUCAGGUGAGGACUCUCUCAACCACCAUGUCCUUGCUGGGGCAGCAACCCAACUAUGGGAGCAACCCAGAGGGGUAUUUCUGAUUUGGGAUUUACUUAGCAACUAAUUACUGAAUACCAACUGCUUUUUUUAAAAUUU